AUCAGCUGUACUUGGCUGCAAAUACUUUCUAUCUAUUUUUCUAUCUUCGUAUCUAUGGCUGAGAGACAACUCGUCGUCUUCGACUUUGACUGGUCUAUGGCUGAUCAGGAUACCGAUAGAUGGAUUUUCGAAGUAAAUGCUCCAGAUAUCCGACGAAAGAUGGAGGAUUUAGAGAGCAGCGUACAGUGGACUGAUCUUGUGGCACAAUCGUUACUCGAGGGCUACGAAAAAGGAAUUAAGAGAAAAGAUAUUGAGCAUGCCCUCAAAAUAAUCCCAUACCAUCCUGCAAUGGUACGGGCUGUAACAACUUUGAAAGCCCGGGGAAAUACCACCUUUCUGUGCUUAUCCAAUGCAAAUUCCGUCUUCAUCUCGACUAUUCUCCAAGAAAAGGGCCUUGACACGUUGUUCGAGGAGAUCAUAACAAAUCCAGCCGAAUGGGACACUUCGGGACUAUUGAAGCUACGACGCAGAAUUGACCCAGAAGGACCUCAGCACGGCUGUAAAAUUGGAUGCAGUCCGAACAUGUGCAAAGGUGAGGAAUUAGACGCGUUUCUUGCGCGACAUGACUCUACGUACGAUCGUAUAAUAUAUGUUGGUGACGGAUCCAACGACUUCUGUCCAGUAUUACAUCUUCGAAGCCAGGAUAUCGUUUGCUGUAGAACCUUCGGUGGUUUACCAAAGCGCAUUGCUAGAGACGGUGAACUGUUUGGUCUCAAAUGCCAAGUCAAAUAUUGGACUGGUGCAUGGGAGCUUGAGGAAAUAUUUAACACACUGUAGAAUCAAUAAUUUAUAACACACGCCAAUACAGCGUCUUUACCGUUAUGCCUCUCUUAUACAUAGGACUGGCUUUCGAUUGUGCUGCAAUUGUGACUUCUGAAUGAGAUUUCUGAAGAAAAGAAGAAAAAUCGUUGGGGUAGCUUAUGCCAAUAGGUAUGGAAUAAGUGCAGUGUAACUAUGUCCCCGACGAUCAUAUAGUCCUUGUUAGGCAAGCACACAGAAGUUCAUGCAGCAAAAAUUUAUGCGACGAGA